AUGACGACCCCCGUUGAUACUAAACUGUACGACCUCCUCGGAGUGUCCCCAUCUUCUACCGAAAACGAACUCAAGAAGGCAUACCGGAAACUGGCAAAGGAGUAUCACCCUGACAAGAAUCCAAAUGCCGGUGACAAGUUCAAAGAAAUCAGCUUUGCCUAUGAGGUCCUGACAAACCCUGAAAAGAGAGAGCUCUAUGACCGCUAUGGAGAACAGGGUCUGCGGGAAGGAGGUGGAGGCGGCCCGGGGAUGGACGACAUCUUCUCCCACAUCUUUGGUAGUAGACUUUUUAGCCAUCCUUUCAUGGGAGGCCGCAGUCGCAACGGAGGCCGACGGAGAGGGGAAGAUAUGGUACACCCUCUCAAGGUGUCACUGGAGGACCUCUAUAAUGGAAAAACGACCAAAUUACAGCUUAGCAAAAAUGUACUUUGUAGCUCUUGUAAUGGGCAGGGGGGUAAGACGGGAGCUGUCCAAAAAUGUUCAACGUGUAGGGGGCGUGGUAUGCGUGUUAUGAUUCGGCAGCUGGCUCCGGGGAUGGUCCAACAAAUGCAGUCUGUGUGUACUGAUUGUAACGGGGAAGGGGAAGUCAUCAGUGAGAAGGAUCGCUGCAAAAAGUGUGAGGGCAAGAAGGUUAUAAAGGAGGUCAAGAUUCUGGAGGUGCACGUGGACAAAGGAAUGAAACAUGGCCAGAAGAUCACAUUUGGAGGUGAAGCGGACCAGGCACCAGGAGUUGAGCCGGGGGAUAUAGUUCUGGUGCUGCAGGAAAAGGAGCAUGAGACUUUCAAGAGAGAGGGUAAUGACCUGUCGAUGAACUAUAAACUUGGCCUUGUCGAGGCUCUGUGUGGUUUCCAGUUCAUGCUGAAACAUUUAGAUGGAAGACAAAUAGUUGUGAAGUAUCCUGCUGGAAAAGUCAUUGAACCAGGCACUGUAAGAGUUGUACGUGGAGAGGGAAUGCCACAGUAUCGUAACCCCUUUGAAAAGGGAGAGCUCUACAUAAAGUUUGAGGUUCAGUUCCCUGACAACAACUGGAUCAGUCCUGAGAAACUUCAGGAGCUGGAGGACAUGCUGCCGUCCAGGCCAGAGCCCCCCAUCAUCACCGGAGACACAGAGGAGGUGGACCUGGAGGACUACGAUGCCAGUCAGAGCUCUUCCUCGAGUAACCGCAGAGAAGCUUAUCAUGACAGCUCUGACGAAGAGGGGGGGCCACAUGGGCAUGGGGUACAGUGUGCCCACCAGUAG